AAAGGCUGUAGGCGUCAUGACACUGCAGAAGCCGUGGACGGCAGCGGAGGACAAGAUCAUCGCGGACGGCGUCGCGGCCGAGCUCACCUGGGUCGAGAUCGCCGACAAGCUGCGCGGCCGCACAGACGCCGCCGUGCGGGGACGCUUCCACCGGCUGAAGGCGGCCGAGCAGAAGGGAGGAGCCCCACUUCUCCGUUGGACGGGUCCCAGACGCGCUCAAACUCGUCCUAGCGAGCAGAAGCCGUGGACCGAAGCGGAGGACCAGAUCAUCGCGGACGGCGUCGCGGCCGAGCUCACCUGGCGCCAGAUCGCCGACAAGCUGCGCGGCCGCACACGAUCCGGCGUGCGGCAACGCGUCCACCGGCAGGGGCUUAAACGGGACAGCAGCGCAGGCGCCGCCGCCCAAGAAGAAGGCGCGCAAGGAGAAGGCGGGCGACAGCGCAGACGGCGGCGGCGAGGCUGCAGCGCGCGGGGCGUCGCAAGAACAAGACGGUGCUGCGCGUGGUGCGUGAGGAGCUGCCCGACGAGCUCACCCACGAGCAGCGGAUUGCUGUCGCGCGCGCCAUGGCGGAGGCCCUGGUCGAGGCCUGCAUCUCGCGGCUCGUCGCGGACCCGGGCAGCCUCUGCUACGUGAUGACGGGCGCGUCGC